AGUCUCCCAUGUCAUCACCAUCUGGUGAAGUAACUUUCAGCAUCCUUCAAAGUGUGUUUUUGUGGCGGAGAAAGCUGUUUGGCUUUGAAUUUGGAUGAAAGAAGCUGAAUAGAGUUAAAGAGAAAGAACAAUGAAAUUAACGCCAAGAGAAGUGGGGAAGCUUGUCCUUCAUAAUGCAGGGUUCCUUGCCCAGAAGCGCCUGGCUCAUGGUCUUAGGCUCAAUUACACUGAAGCUGUUGCUCUCAUUGCCACUCAGAUUCUCGAGUUUGUUCGUGAUGGUGACAAGAGUGUGGCCGAAUUGAUGGACAUUGGCAAACAACUUUUGGGAAGGAGGCAAGUUCUUUCGUCUGUGCCAUAUUUAUUGGAUUCUGUUCAGGUUGAAGGGACAUUUCCAGACGGGACGAAGUUAAUCACUAUUCACGACCCGAUCUCAAGUGAAAAUGGAAACCUGCAGCUUGCAUUAUAUGGUUCUUUUCUACCUGUGCCUUCUAAUGAGAAACCCAAAAUAGAAGAUAAAAAUGUUCCCGGUGAAGUGAUCACAAAAGGUGGGACGAUUAGACUUAAUUCCGGGAGGAGAGCAGUAAGCCUCAGAGUCACUAACAAGGGAGACAGGCCGGUUCAGGUAGGAAGCCAUUAUCACUUUAUUGAGGUAAACCCUGGCUUGGUUUUCGAUCGAAGUAAAGCAUUUGGCAUGCGGCUAAAUAUACCAGCGGGAACAGCUAUAAGAUUUGAGCCCGGAGAUAGUAAAACCGUUGUGCUAGUCAGCAUUGGUGGUAACCGAGUGAUCAGAGGAGGAAAUGGAAUUGUUGAUGGCCCUGUCGACACCGCCAAUAUCGAAACAGUGAUGGAAACUAUAAGGAGUAAAGGUUAUGAGAAUAUGGAGGACACAAAUGCUAGCGAAGGCGAGACUGGACAAGAUUCUGAUUUUACCGCAACGAUUUCUUCUGAGGCAUAUGCUAACAUGUAUGGCCCUACUACUGGUGACAUGAUCCGGCUCGGCGAUACGAAUAUGUAUGCUGAAAUAGAACGGGAUUUUGCUGUAUAUGGUGAUGAAUGCGUAUUUGGUGGCGGAAAAGUUAUAAGAGACGGCAUGGGACAAUCAUCUGGGCAUCCACCAGAAAAAUCUUUAGAUACUGUUAUAACAAGUGCUGUGAUUAUUGAUUACACUAGUAUAUUCAAGGCAGAUAUUGGUAUUAAAAAUGGCGUAAUUGUUGGACUUGGGAAAGCGGGCAAUCCGGAUACCAUGGAUGGAGUUUCGCCAAACUUGAUCAUCGGUGUUAACACUGAGGUUAUUGCUGGAGAAGGAUCAAUCGUAACUGCAGGGGCUAUCGACUGUCAUGUGCACUUCAUAUGCCCUCAGUUGGUUCAUGAAGCUAUUUCAAGUGGCAUCACGACAUUAAUUGGAGGUGGGACUGGACCGGCGGAGGGAACACGCGCAACUACUUGCACACCGGCACCGUCGCAGAUGAAAAUGAUGCUGCAGUCCACUGAUGACUUCCCUUUAAAUUUUGGGUUCACAGGGAAGGGAAAUGGUUCCAAACCCGAAGAACUGCAUGAAAUAGUCAAAGCUGGAGCAAUGGGAUUGAAGCUGCAUGAAGAUUGGGGAACUACUCCUGCUGCAAUAGACAAUUGUUUAGCUGUUGCAGAACAACAUGAUAUCCAAGUUAAUAUUCAUACUGACACCUUGAAUGAAUCUGGAUUUGUGGAACACACAAUUGCUGCAUUUAAAGGAAGAACUAUUCAUGCUUAUCACAGCGAAGGCGCUGGCGGUGGUCAUGCUCCGGAUAUCAUCAAAGUAUGCGGCGGUAAAAAUGUUCUCCCCUCAUCAACAAACCCGACACGCCCUUAUACUUCCAAUACAGUAGAUGAACAUCUUGACAUGCUGAUGGUUUGCCAUCACCUCAACAAGGAUAUUCCUGAAGAUGUAGCGUUUGCGGAUUCAAGGAUCAGGGCCGAAACCAUAGCCGCCGAAGACAUAUUGCACGACAUGGGGGCAAUCAGCAUUAUAUCUUCCGAUUCGCAGGCUAUGGGUCGCAUCGGCGAGGUGAUAAGCAGAACUUGGCAAACAGCGGACAAGAUGAAAUCGCAAAGGGGUCCUCUUCAUAACGAAGAAACUUCUUCUAAUCUAAGAAUCAAACGGUACAUUGCAAAAUACACCAUAAAUCCAGCCAUUGCUAAUGGCAUUGCAGAAUUCGUCGGUUCGAUCGAGGUGGGGAAGUUGGCUGAUCUUGUUUUAUGGAAACCGGCCUUCUUUGGGGCAAAACCCGAAAUCGUAAUCAAAGGCGGUAUUAUUGCUUGGGCCAACAUGGGAGAUGCUAAUGCAAGCAUCCCAACACCCGAACCGGUGUUGUCAAGGCCAAUGUUCGGAGCAUUCGGCAAGGCUGCAAGUGCCAACUCCAUCGCUUUUGUCAGCAAGGCUGCUUUAGACAGCGGAGUUGCGGAGUCCUAUGGAGUGAAGAAGAGAGUGGUAGCUGUCAGCAAUACCAGAUGUCUAAGCAAGCUCGACAUGAAGCUCAAUGAUGCUCUCCCUCAUAUUCAGGUGGACCCCGAAACUUAUGUCGUGAUGGCCGAUGGCGAGGUUCUCACGUGCGAUCCCGUGGCGACAGUUCCCCUCUCCCAGAACUAUUUCCUCUUCUAGAUAACGCUCAAACUGUCAAAGCCAUCGUUUCAAUAGAGUUUUUUUGGUUCCGUUAGUCUGGUUAUUAAACCUGACACAGACGUGAAUUAAGUUUUAAACAUUACGCCUAAUGCUCAAGUA